AUGGAAAUGGAGGUCGGCAGGGAGGGUGGCACAGCGGCACCACCACGGUUCUCGCUGCCGGUGGACUCAGAGCACAAGGCCAAGUCCAUAAAGAUAUUCUCCUUCGGCAACCCUCACAUGCGCGCCUUCCACCUCGGGUGGAUGUCCUUCUUCACCUGCGUCGUCUCUACGUUUGCCGCCGCGCCGCUCAUCCCCAUCAUCCGCGACAACCUCAACCUUACCAAGGCCGACAUCGGCAACGCCGGGGUCGCAUCUGUCUCUGGCGCCAUCUUCUCUAGGCUGGCCAUGGGCGCCAUCUGCGACCUCCUCGGCCCGCGCUAUGGAUGUGCCUUCCUUGUCAUGCUCUCCGCGCCAGCGGUGUUCUGCAUGUCCAUCAUCGAAGGCCCUGCCGGAUACAUUACUAUCCGUUUCCUCAUUGGUGUCUCACUCGCCACCUUCGUGUCAUGCCAGUACUGGGUGAGCACCAUGUUCAACAGCAAGAUCAUCGGGACGGUUGGCGGCUUGACUGCGGGGUGGGGCGAUAUGGGUGGCGGCGCCACCCAGCUCAUCAUGCCUCUCGUCUUUGACGCCAUCUUGGCAUGUGGUGCAACUGAAUUCACAGCAUGGCGGCUUGCCUACUUUGUCCCGGGAAUGAUGUUGGUGGUGAUGGGCUUGCUCGUGCUCACCAUGGGACAAGACCUUCCCGAUGGCAACCUCGGGAGCCUCCAGAAAAAUGGUGAUAUGAACAAAGACAAGUUUUCAGACGUUCUCCGAGGCGCCGUCACCAACUACCGCACCUGGAUAUUCGUCUUCAUCUACGGCUACUGCAUGGGUGUCGAGCUCACCACCAACAAUGUGAUCGCCGAGUACUACUACGACAGCUUCCACCUCGACCUUCGUGCUGCCGGCACCAUCGCUGCCUCCUUCGGCUUGGCCAAUAUCUUCGCGCGUCCUAUGGGUGGCUACCUCUCUGACCUUGGUGCCCGCUACUUCGGCAUGCGCGCUCGACUCUGGAACAUCUGGAUCCUCCAGACUGCAGGCGGAGCCUUCUGCAUCUGUCUCGGCCGUGCAACCACCCUCCCCACUUCCGUCACAUGCAUGGUCCUUUACUCCAUCUGCGUUGAGGCUGCAUGCGGUGCUGUGUACGGAGUCAUCCCCUUCGUCUCCCGGCACUCCCUCGGCCUCAUCUCUGGCAUGAGCGGUGCCGGUGGUAAUGUGGGUGGUGGGCUCACGCAGUUCCUCUUCUUCACUUCGUCACAGUACUCCACUGGCAAGGGGCUCCAAUACAUGGGCAUCAUGGUCAUGGUGUGCACGCUCCCUGUCGCGCUCGUACACUUCCCGCAGUGGGGGUCAAUGCUCCUCCCACCCAGCGCCAGCGCCACCGAGGAGGAAUACUACGGUGCCGAGUGGACGGAGGAGGAGAAAAACAAGGGGCUCCAUGGGGGCAGCCUCAAGUUUGCCGAGAACAGCACCUCUGAGCGUGGCAGGCGCAACUCCAUUCUCGCAGUGCCCGCCACCCCACCAAACACCACUCCCCAACAUGUAUAA